AUGUCGAAUCGGACGGUUUACUUUGUUACGGGGACGACGCAGGCAAGUUGUGAUCCACCAGGUCUCGGAUAUGAAUUCGUUCGCCAAUUGAGGGAGCGCCCCGGGGCCAUAGUCUUCGCGACAUCUCGAGACCCGGAGCGCGCAACUCGACUCCAAGCACUGACCGACAAGGGCAACGUGCACAUUGUGAAGAUCACCAAGCAGCCCGAAUCGGUCAACGAAGCGCUAGAGGCGGCUGAGGUGGUCAAGAAGAUCGCCGGCAAGGUGGACGUCGUGGUUGCGAACGCGGGCAUCAUCCACCACGAGACCAGCAUCGCGGACUCGCCGAUGUCCAUGUAUCAAGAGUUCCUCGACGUCAACCUGCUCAAUAACAUCGCCAUCUUCAAGGCCCUGCGGCCGCUCAUGCUAGAGUCGGCCCGGCAGGGCGGGACGCCCAAGUUUGUGGCCAUCAGCACCCAGUACGGCUCGCUCGCCAUGGUGGAGGAUCUGCCGGGCCAGUCGUCUGCGUACGCCAUCUCGAAGGCCGCGCUGAACAUGUUCAUCCGGCAUCUUGCGUACGAGGAGAAGAAGAACGGCAUCGUCGCCUUCCCCAUGCACCCGGGCGUCGUGGCGACCGAGACUGUCGCUCCGCUCGCAAGCAGAAUCGGACUCGGCACGAUCGAGCCCGCCGAGAGUAUUCAGGGCAUGAUGAAGAUUAUAGACCGGGCAACUGUGGACGACGAGGUGCGCCUGUGGAGAUAUGACGACACCCAGCUUCCAUGGUGA